AUGGCUAUCAUCGCGUACUGGUAUGUACGACUGCCGAACUCUCAGGCUGUCGAUUGGGAGUGUAUUACUUAUCUUACGCGUUCUCAACCCUCACAUUAUGAUAUGUACGACUCGGGAACGGCAGCGAGUAGGGGAAGCUUACAUCAUGGCUACGCCUGCAGUGUGAAUACAGCGAUACCUGUAUCGUCCCUGAUCGGGCCGGAAUCUCCUUCGCUCAACCCGACCGAAAUACAUCACUGCCAGAGAUGUGACGGAGCUGUCAGGUCGAAUCCCGAAGAGGUGGUACGAUUAGAUGAGGCUCUGGACGAGAGGAAGAAGAAAGCCCUUGCGACCAAUACAGUCAAUCCUCUUCAGAUUCGCGAUGAGUGGUUCUGUCAGCCGUGCAAGGUCUGGAAGUGGGUACACCCUCCUCAGAAAUGUCUGGCAGGAAAUCACAUGCUCGCACACCAGACUGCAUGUAGGGGAAUAUGGAGAGAGACGAAGGCCGAAGGGAUUCACGACAUCGAGCCUUACAUGUUUCUCAAUUGGUUAUACGGAAGACCGAUCAAGAGACUGACACGGGAUACGGAUCUGGACAGGUACCGACUUUACUGCCUCGAUGUGGAAGAUUUCGAGCCGAAAAAGAGAGUAGUCGAUCCGGGUGAUGGAGUCGAGUCGCCAUCGUCUCACCAAGAUUUGGUAUUCUCUGACCGACUUUGUCUAGCGGAUGAGCAAACUGUAGACGAACAUCAGCGUGAUCGUUGGGAUGCCUGUAAUGGGGUGGGGAAAUCUUUCUCUUGUUCAUGUCCUGGAAAGAUGACUUACAGCCGCCUUGACGACCGAUACCUUGGCACACCUCACGGUGAAGUCGCUUGUUCCCCUGAGCCGCCUGCUGCUGAAACUAAUCAGAGGGGAAAAUGGCAAGGGAAGGCGUUUCAGCGGAAGGAUACCAUGAGUAGAAGGCUGAAGGAAGUUCAGGAGAGAUUGAGGCGCCCAGCUGCGAAUGAAAUCGAUGGACCAGGAUUUCUCUGGGAGUGUCAUGUCUACAAUAAGGACCACCAAAGUUGGAUGCCAAGAGUAUGCGAGUGCGAUGGAUACUACUGGCAUCCGGCUCCCUCAUCCUGUACCGAUCAGAUCAGGCGGUAUAGGCACGAAAAGCUGAGUCUUCCGGUUAAGGAGGCUUUCGAACAGGAACAUCCGACUUACAAGGGGCAGGAGUUGCAUCUAUGGAUGUACUUCUGGGUUGUCAAGCGUGAUAACAAGCCAUUUGACCCAGCAAAGGCUGAAAUAUUGUUGGAAACCGAGGCUUUAAAGGGAGAAGUAAGGCGCAACAAGCAAAGGCUCGCGCAACGCAAAAGAUACCGAGACUCGCGCCAGCAAAUUCGUUCCAUCACCAACAGCGUGAACAGUCGAAGUUCAGCUAAAUCCAGCUCAAACACCAGUAGAACGAAGAAAAACCGGAAACAAGAGAAAGACCAAGUUGCGCAAUCAUUGGAUGUUUCGGCUGCCGAUGUGCUCGGCGAUUCGCUCUACGUCUCGCCCAACGGCGAUCAAUUUUCAAGAGGAAGCCAUGAGAUGGGACAUUCCGCCCUCUUUCGAGCUGACACCUUCGCAAUCCCUCAAAAGACCAUGGACGAUCAAUGGGUACAGGACAGCCAUUUGGGAUCAUACAGCAAGUCGUUCCUCCAUGACGGGAAUGGAUAUCUAGGGGAAUCGACCCCAUCAGAGACAACGGUAAUGCGGGAGCUCCAACGAUUGACUUCGAUGGCCACCAGAGAAGAAUCUGUACUGUAUGAACUGCAGCCCCAAGGUGGAUGUCAAGCUGGGCAAGAGAUGGUAGCUCUGCCAAGCUCGAUCUACAGCUCGGGAGAGAAUUCGUACAGGGAUUGGGAGCCUGAGUGGUUUACACAAGAUUGA